AUGCAACCGCCGCCACCCCUGCCACAACAACGCCCACAGCAGCAGCAGUGGCAGCAGCAGCAAGAGGAGUGCAGAGUGGUGUUGCAGUCAAAUUCCGCCCCAUGCUACCUGAACCUUCAGCGCUCGCCCACUCCAACCUCCCUGGGCAAGCGGUCACGUGAAGCCGACUCCUCCUUGAUAUCAGAGCCGUGCUUUCCCCAUGCUCCUCAUGCCCGCCACGCCUCUCACGACUUCGAUUUCAAAACCUUUGAUGCCAGUACCUUUGACUUUGCAGCUUUUGGCGCUUCAGAAGGAUUCCAAACCUUCCACCGGCUCCAGCCGUCCCCUGAAUCGCAAUCCACUCAUCCUGGCUUUCGUGCAGAAAACGCCUCUCCUGCCCUUCACACGUCUCCCUCCUCUCACGUGUCUGCCGCAUCUCAUGUAUCCUCUGCCUCCCCGGGCGGCUCUCACCCGUCCCAUGCAUCUCCCGCCUCUGCUGCUGCGACUCACUUCUCUGCUGCCCCGACUCACUCCUUCACGCCACCCAAGCCGAUCAAAGUGAGCUUCUCUCCUCUGGCUGACCGCGAGUUCCCGUGGGGAAACAGUGGCGACCAGGGGGGUUGGAAGGAUGCUGGAAGCACCCCUGCGGACUCACACUCUCUGCUGCUCACGGUGCUCCGCGCAAAUCUCUCUCGCUCCGACCUCUUGCCAAGCCCCGGCAGCCACGGCAGCAGCCCCAUCAGCAGCACCAGUUGCAGCAACAACAACGGCGGGAGCCACGCCGCGAAAGACGCUUGGAAUAAUAACGGUAGCAACAACAACGGGAGCAGCGAGAGGAACGACAGCUGGCGUGCCGUGGUGGGCGGCGGCAGUGACGGUUACGGGCGGCCUAUGAGAAGUGGCAGCGCCACCAAUGCAGCUGUGGCUGUUUUGCCUGCCCCCGUGGCCUUCAGUGGUGAUGGUUUUGGAAGGUCUUUGAGCAGAAGUGGCAGCGAGGUGCAUGGGAUGCUUAUGACUGUUACGGGUGGCAGCAGUGACGGUUACGGGAGGCCUAUGAGCAGGACCGGCAGCGCGACUGAUGUGGGCGGGGCUCUUGUGCCUACGCCCGUGACUGCGGUUGGUAGUAACCCGUAUGAUGACUCAGCGCCACGUCAGCUGCAGGGGCUGCUGGAGGAUAUGGUGCCACGUCAGGUGCUGCAUGGCUCGCAGCGAGUCGCAGGAGCAGGACCGUAUCAGGCACCGCUUGCUGCUGCAGCUGCAGGAGAAAGAGCUUCAGGAGCAGCAGGAGCAGCAGGAGCAGCAGGAGCCACAGGAGCCGCGUUUCAAACCCCAGCCACAUCAGUAGCACCAGCAGGAGCAGCAGUGCCGUUUCAGACCACGGCAGGCAUUGCAGUGGAAGCAGAACGAUCAGCCGAGGGCGAGUUCAAGCUAUGUAACCUUGUCCCGAACCACGAGCAACAUGCAGGCAGCGAUGCUGCGCACCUGCACCUGCACCAGUUCCACCUUCCCCAGAUGCCACCUGCACAGGCAGCUCAGGCUGCUGAUAUCCAAGCCAGCAUGAGUCACACUCACAAUUUCAUGGGCAUGGCCUGCAAUUCUGUGUGGGCCUCUGACAUCGCUUUCAGCCCUGCGGUUCCAACCAUUGCUGCCGCUGCUGCUGUUGCUGCUGGGCAGACUCCGGUGAUGCGACGCACUCGAACUUUGAGCGUAGGGCUUGAUGGCUUGAGUGGUACGGGUGGCAUGGGUGGCUCGUGCGGCAUGGCUGACAUGGGUGGUGGGGAAGGCAUGGGCGGCACGGGCGGCAUGGGGGAGGAUGAGUUGCUGUGGGAGGCAGCAGCAUGGCUGGCACAGCAGGGAGGGCUGGAGGCACUCGAUUGGCUGCCAGAACUGUCAGGUUGA